CUCCAGACUAGCUUGAUUCCCCUACCAUACCAUCCAUAACUCUCCAAUCCACCUUAAUCAUUAAUUAGACGCGUCUGAUCAUCCUCCCCCUCUCUCAUAAAUACCCAUCCCUCCACCACCUCUCCCCUCAACUUCCAAGAGACUAAAACUUCAAUUUCAACCAUGGCUGCUGCCACCACCACCACCACAAGGUCGUCGCUAAUAAUCGGCUCCCUCCUCCUCUCGUUUCUCGCCAUCCAGCUAGCACAUGCCGAUCUCCAGCCAUCGCCGGCGCCCUACGCUCCGAAAUUCGAUUGUGGGGAAGCUUGCACCGCCAGGUGUCAGUUAUCCAGCAGGCCAAACCUUUGCAAGAGGGCGUGCGGGACCUGCUGUGUCCGCUGCAGCUGCGUUCCUCCCGGCACCGCCGGUAACUACGAGAAGUGCGCUUGCUACGGUGGUUUGACCACCCACGGCGGCGUCCGCAAGUGUCCUUAAUUAAAGUGAUUUGUUCCGGUGGCCGGAGAGGAGAGCCAGCUGUAUUUCGCUUCUUGUAACUUGUGGGUAUGUUUUCGGUUUUUCUUUUCCGGGCGGGGGUACUUUGCAUUAAGUACUACUGUCUGAUGAGUGUAUGCAAAUUCGGUUGCGAAAGGCAAUAAAAGCUUAUAGGGAUGUUCUUUGUAAUGUACAUGUCAUGUCAAAGUUUGAAUGUUACUUCCAAAGUUGGACAAUUUAUUGUUUUUUGUUUUGGAAUGCCGAUUAUUUAUUUUAUUGGGACUUGGAGUUAUUUUCUUGGGGAGUUAUGUUAAGUUACAUGGUAUUUGAAGAAUUUAAUAUUUUUGGGUAGAUUUCAAGACUUUUUCUUCUUCUUUUAAUGUGCUUUCAAGUCAUAAGAAAAUUGAGUCAUUGAGUGAGAAGAGAAGAGAAAAUUGAGUGAAAAGGAACAUUGUGAAGUGACAAGUUAUGAGAACAUAGAGUGAAAAUUAAUUUUGGCAUUAAGGUUUUUAUGACUUAUAUGUAAUUAAUUUUGGCAUUAAAAAUUAAAUCGGUUACGAUAGUUACCAAACUAUAACUUGUAUGUGAAACCUCAAUGAAAGGGGCACAGAGAAAUUCAAUACCCUUAUAAAUAAUGUUAGUAUGGUGUUAACACUAAGAGAUGUUAGCACCCUAUCAUAAUAUGUUAUUUAUGUAAAAUACUAAUUUAUUAGAGCAAAAUCAUCCAAAUUUAUAGAAUCUAACGGAUGCAAGUUGGUUAGUGAGAAAAUCAUGUCCUAGCAUCAUUGAGUAAUUCGUAAUUCAAUUUUACCAUACUCAAUCGAAACGAUUUUGUGCGGGUAUUCACGCAUGUUUUUGUCUUCCCUGCAUUUGUGCAUUCAAUCAAUUUUGUUCAUACGUGGGCCUGAGGGUUGCGGCCACUUUGAGGGGGACCAUGAAGCCCAUCUUAACAUAACGAGACAUCCAGUUUGGAUCUUCGGUAGGGCUAAGGAGAGCAGAUGACCGUCAAACCUCAAUGAACCCAUUGGGCCUACAACUACGCACUCAUGAUUAUUUGAGGCAAUUACGUAUAUACCCAAUCCCUUUGGAGCCCAAACAAAGGAAGCAUUGUUUUGGCGUAUGUUGUAUUCCAAAUCCAAUGCCCAAAGUAAACCACGAAACAAGUGUACAAGACAGUUAUAUUUACAAUGGUUUAGGAAAUUCUAUUGUACCAGCUGUUCGAUUAGAGAUAUCGAAUUUAAGACUCUAAGUCUCUAACUGGUAUGCGGUUUUAGUGGUUCAAAAUAGUUUAACCACGAUUUUAUUACAAAAUAUUAUGUCGCUAAUUUUUUUGUUAUAAUUUCAUGUACUAUUUCACAAACAUUGACUUUUUUUUUCCAUCGUGCCUUGUAUUAUCACUACUUUUGAAUGUUAAACCUUCCUUUUUCACAUACUAGAUAUUGGCCCGGCCUAUUGGCCGGAGACAUCGAUGGUGGUUAUUGAAUAAAGUUGUAUAUGCUUUCUUGUAAUUGGUUUAUUUAUGUUGAGCAUACAAUAUGUCGUUAUAUCAAUUUGUAGUAGGAAUAGCAAUGGGCAGGUUCAGGGCGAGUAUCUCGAUGCCCAUACAUGCCCCAUGGCAGGUCGGGUCCAUGCCGAGUAAUUUAUUACGGGGCGCGGGUCGUGGCAGGUCGACCCAAUGGGUAUGUAAUUUAUGUCAAAAACAUUAGAAAUAUUAGUUAUUCUCAUUAAAAGACCAAGAAAGAAACCAUAAUAUGAUAAAAUCUAGUUAAAUUAUUGAAGAAAUUGAGGUUUUCAAU